GUGUAAUUGCGUAACGUGGUGAAGGUGUCUGGUUUAAUUACUUUUUUUUUCUAGUGAUUUAAUGCGCGUUGUUGCUUUGUGGUAAGGUAUAGAGAAAACAUCAAGGAGUAUUACAUCAAAGAGUUUUUCUCCUCUUCAAUCGUUUUGACGGACCUUCAGACUUCCACGAACUGCUUACCUUCGACGCGUGCAAUUUUCUUUUGCCGUCAAUCGUCGUUCGUGACGUAGAAUCAAAAGAGGACAACUCGGUGUGUGUCUUUUCGGGGGGAGUUUUUGCUCGCACAUGACGGUCAGCUUGCCAUACAGCCGCUUCCCACUGUGUUAGAUUGAUUUUUUUCUUCUUCUACUCUUUUGCGCUUGAACAAAUCAGCGGUCUCGAAAAGAAAAGUGAAAGGCUAAACUGUGCGUUGCUGGAACUGCUGCUUCUCUCUUACCUUUCGCUUACGUUUCUUUUGGCUUAAACAUCCUUCUCUCUGUGUCUUUUUGUUUUUCUCUCUCAGGAGAGUUGCAUUACACGCCUGACAGAAACGGCGUACACGCAAGCCAAAGAAAGCAUACUCUUUUGGCGUUUUUAAAGUCCAUUUUUUCCUUCCUUUCUUUUUACUGCUUGUUUAGCAGUCAGUGUGCGCUUCACAGCUCAUUUUGUUUUUGUUUUUCUUCUUUUUCAUUCUUGUCCUCCUUCUAUCAACUCGGUGCUCAUCUGCUGUUCCUUUGUUUGCUUGCCUCACAAUUCCGGUUGCGCUACGGUGAACGUCUAACGCUUCCAUUUCUGUUGUGUUGUGUUUGUUGUUGCUGCUGCUGCCGCUGCUGCUACAAAGACAGAAUAGAAACGACACCAAGAGGGAGGAGCAAGGAAAAAAGAAGAGAGUUUAAUAGCCCAGCUACAAGCGCGACGCGUGUCAUUGCAGAAAUUCAGUAUGAAUCCGUCGGCCGCCGCGUUUGUUCCUAAGAAAGGAGAAAAGUCACCCGCGAAGGGCAAGACGAACGCUGCUGCGCAUCCUCCAUCACCGCCGCUCGCCACGAAGCUCAGCGCUGCUGCCCAACCUUUUGUGCCCGUGGCCCCAAAGACGGACGGACCGGUGCCCGCCGAGGAGUUGAAGCCAGAGGUGCGGCCGAUGGAGGUGCCGAAGCAGGCGACCGCGAAGACUGCCGCUGCUGAGUCGCCUGAGGGACCGGCCAAGGAGACCAAGGACACGAACGACGAUUCGCAGCUGGACUGGCUGCCCGAGGCGCAGCCCGUAGACUGGUCGGAGAGCAAGCUGCCGAAGCUGUUUGGGUGUCACAACACGGCUGCCAAGGCGACGUCGACGGCCAUUCAUCUUCACGCCUCGUGGGACCUCUAUGCCGAUGAGCACCAAAGCGGCAAUGGCUCCCCUGCCCUUAGCUCUCCUACCCAGAUGAUGACCUUCGAGCCCAUCUUUGUGGCCAACGUCGCGGAUGUGGAGCACUUCUGGCGCUUGUGGCGCUACCUGCCCGCGCCGUCCGCGCUGCCGACGCUCUUCACCUACUCGUGGUUCCGCAAGGACGUCCGCCCCGAGUGGGAGCACCCGCGCAACAAGAAGGGCGGCACCAUCACAAUCGUCGUGUUCGACCGUGACCGCUCGGGCCUUAGCGACAAGCAGGUGCUGGACGACGUGUUUAUGGCCAUGCUCGUUGGCGCCGUUGGCGAGAGCUUCCAGGAGUGCAGCACCACUCUCAACGGCAUGAUGCUCAAGGUGCGCCCCAAUAAACCGGUCACCCUGCAGCUGUGGACGGCGCAUUCAGAGGUGGGCAAGCUGAAAACCUUCGCGAACAGCGUCCGCGACACGCUGAGCAAGAUUAUGGGUGCAAAGACGCUGCAGAAGAUGGAGUACUACUCACACCAUCAAAAGCAGGCCUCCACUAAUAGCCUCGCCGCCCGCAUGAAGGCGAAGAUCGCUCCGGACCACACGUUUUAG